GCGGCGUGCGGCGAGCGUAGGGCGCGCGUCCCGCCGUCGGUUUCGCGCCAAUUCGCGGCCGCAGUGCUGGGAAGCGCGCCUCGCGAGCGGGACACGCUGGACUUGCCUUACAAUCGGGAUCGUCCACCUUACGAUAACUAUAAUAAUUUGAAUUUUUUACUGAGAUCAAACAGUUCAAAUACUCAAUCAAUUUUAAACGAUAUAAAAAUGUCUCGAAAAAAAUGUUUACGAUUCCUUAAAAUUAAUAAGAACUGUUGGUAAUGCCAAUGUGAUUUGAAGUGAUUUAAAAAAUGUGUUACAAAUUUAAACGGUAUUUCGGUGAUAUAAUAUAAGAGUUAUGAGCGAGACGCGGGAGAUGUCGACGGAGGCUGUGACGGCGACGGCGGACCCCGCGCCGCAUCGUUCGCCGACGCCGGAACUGCACGCCACAUACACCUCUCUGGAGAUCCUGGUGGCACUGGUGGCGGUGAUUGGCAAUGCUAUGGUCAUACACGUCUUCCGGCGUGAUCGGAGGUUGCGGCGUCGUACGAACUACUACAUAGUGUCUCUCGCGGUGGCGGACUUUCUUGUUGGCCUCCUGGGUAUACCAUUCGCUAUACUAGCCUCGGUUGGACUGCCGAGGAACCUCCACGCCUGUCUCUUCACGGUGUCGUUGUUGGUGAUGCUUUGCACGAUCAGUAUCUUCUGCUUGGUGGCGGUGUCCGUCGAUCGCUACUGGGCUAUUCUCUACCCUAUGUGCUACUCUAGGAAUGUUCGCACCAGGACCGCAAUAUGGAUAAUAUCUGCGUGCUGGGUGUUCGGUGCAGGCGUGGGUCUGCUGCCGCUGUGCGGCUGGCACGCGGCGGUGGACGCAGCGCCCGGUUGUUACUUCGUCGAAGUCAUGGACUACAACUACCUCGUCUUUCUUUACUUCGCUACAAUCGUCACCCCCAGUGUGCUGCUCGCCGCUUUCUACGCGCAUAUCUAUCGAGUUGUUGUCAAACAGAUGAGUGCGGUGGUAACAGUGGAAGGCAGCCAAGGGCGCACGUCGGGCGAUUCCUGA